AUGGAACAAGCCCGCGCGCAUAGGCGCAAGAUCAGCUUCGCUGACAUUGAGCGCACCUGGCGCGCCGCAGGUCCUAUGGUAGCACCUCCUCAGGCACAUGCCGCGCAACCGCAAUUGACCCAGGCGCAAAUACAACAACAGCAUCUCGAGCAAAUCCGCCGCCAAGACCACGCCCGACGCCAGGCCAAGAAGCCGACCGAUCGCGACAUCCCAGACGACAUUAGCGAGGCCGUAGUGGGAGAUGGAGUCGAGCGGUGCAAGAAGUUGCGUGAGGUGGAGAGGAGACUGGACGCGGUCAUGAUGCGCAAGAGACUGGAUAUCAGCGACAACUUGCAGCGGCGAUACACCCGACGGGAAGGUGUUCUGAGGAUAUGGAUAUCGAAUACUGCGGAAGGGCAGCCGUGGCAGGUCAUGGAGGAGGGAACGGCCAUCGAGGAUGGCAUGUUUGAGUUGGGUGAGAACCAGGCCACUUUCCGGGUCAAGAUCGAGGGACGGCUGCUGGAGGAGCCCGAGGAUGAGGAUGACAAGCCGCCAACGUCACAUCGCCCACGACUGAGCUCUUUCUUCAAGGCUAUCACCAUCGACUUCGACCGCGACUCGAAUCUCAACCCAGACGGCUUCAGUCAGAUCGAAUGGCGGAAACCGCAACCCAGCCAGCAGAACCCCAACUUCGACCCGAAUAGCCCAGAGGCCUCAUUUGACACGCUCGAAUUCACACGGAAGGCGGAUGAGAACAUCAACAUCACCAUCAAUUUGACGCGCGACGAGAAGAACGAGCGUUUCAAGCUGAGCCCGGAACUUGCCGAGAUCCUCGACACUGAGGAAGAGGAUCGUGCUGGUGCUGUGCAGGGCAUUUGGGAGUACUGCCGUGCUAUGGGCCUGCAAGAAGAUGAUGACAAGCGCAAAGUCGUUUGCGAUGAGCCAUUGCGCAAGCUCUUCAAGCAAGAUCAUGUCUACUUCCCAUACGUGCCAGAUCUCUUGGUGCCACACUUGCAGCCGCUUCCACCCGUCCAGCUCCAAUACACCAUUCGCGUCGACAAGCCGUACAUCACAGGCACGAAGGACGCCGAAUCUCCGUCAGAGAAUGAGGAAGACGAGGAGCGCAAGCCAAGCCGCGCAACCAUCUACGACAUCCGUGUGCCAAUGCCAAACCCUCUCCUCCACCAGCUGACCCGCUUUCAUACUUCAAAAGCGCACAUCGGUGACCUGCAAACGAUCGUACGCACCGAUGACGAGCUAGCGGUGCUGGUCCAGAAGAUCCACCAAACCAACGCCAAGCGCAAGUUUUACGACAACCUGGCGAAAGACCCUACUUCUUUCGUCAAGCGAUGGAUCAGCAGCCAACAGCGCGAUCUCGAGGUCAUUCUCGCCGAAGCGACUCGAGGAGGCGGCGAAGAUGCCACGAACGAGGAGUUCCGCCGUGGCGGCAGAGAUGGCGUUUGGGGAUCGGAAUUGGCGAAGGAGAGCGUGGGACUUUGGCUUGCGCGCAAUAAUCAGAAUCAGAAGGUGCACUGA